AAAGAAGCAGAAAUCGGAAGCUGCUAGCAGAGCUAGGUUGUUGUUCUGGUGUGUGAGGCUCUGCAGUAAAAAUUUCUUCACUUCAGUCUCUGGGAGAGUUGAUCAGCUAAAGCGACUAACUGCUGCUGCUGCAGAAAUCUUCUCACCAGGCUGUGGAAACUUUCUUCUCCUCCUCAACAACUUGGUGGAGUUCUUACCAGAACCAGAGAAGAUAUUCUGCGGUCUUCGUGACAAUCGGAGCUCCAGAAUCAGCUGUUAGCUAAACACGGCUAAAGAGAACCUGCUACCACUUCAGGAUCAUCCAUCAGCUGGGACUGAUUCAUCGUGUGUUCUUCACCACCUGGACCCGGACAGCAUGGACACAGCUUUUCAACAGGUGGUGCUGGUUAAAGAAGAAGCUCUAGAAGAACAUAGCGCUGGUGUCAACCAGCAGGACAUAGAUUUUCUCCACAUGAAGGAGGAACAGGAGAAACUCUGGCCCAGUAUGGAAGGGGCACAUCUCAGUUUGAAGGAGGAGACUGUUGCUGCCAGGUUUCCAUUCUCUGUUGCUUCUAUAAAGAGUGAGGAUGAUGAAGAGAAGCCUCUGUUCUCACAGCUUCAUCAGAAGCAAAUAGAAGACAGAGAUGUUUCAACCAGCAGCUCAGCUGACCAGACGACAGCAGAAACUGGUGGACUAGAAACUAGCCGGAACCCAGAUCUGAACCCUCAUGAACUGACUAAUGAUUCUUCAGAGACUGACGUUGGAGAUGAUGAUGAUGCAACUCUAGACUCUGAGCUGUCAGACUCUGGGUCUGAAACUGGAGACCGAGACAAUGACUGGAAUGAGAACAGGUGUUCUGAGUCAGUUUUUAGGACUGUUAACAAAUCCUUUAGUCAUAGGACACUUUUAAACAGUCACAUGAGAGUCAACACAGGACAGAAGCUUUUUGCUUGUGAGCUCUGUGGAAAGAAAUUUUGCUUAAAAUCAACUUUAACCACACACAUGAGAGUACACACAGGACAGAAGCCUUUCGCCUGUGAGUUCUGUAGCAAAAGAUAUAGCCAAAAGACACAUUUAAACACACACAUGAGAGUACACACAGGACAGAAGCCUUUUGCUUGUGAGCUCUGUGGAAAGAAGUGUAGCUUAAAGUCAACUUUAAACAAACACAUGAGAGUCCACACAGGAGAGAAGCUAUUUGCUUGUGAGCUCUGUGGGAAUAGAUUUAGUGAAAAGGGAAGUUUAAACACACACAUGAGAGUCCACACAGGAGAGAAGCCAUUUGCUUGUGAUCUAUGUGGAAACACAUUUAGCAUAAGAUCACAUUUAAACAGACACAUGAGAGUCCACACAGGACAGAAGCCUUUCACUUGUGAGUUCUGUAGCAAAAGAUAUAGCCAAAAAACAAAUUUAAACAUCCACAUGAGAGUCCACACAGGACAGAAGCCCUUUGCUUGUGAGCUCUGUGGGAAUAGAUUUAGUGAAAAGAGAAGUUUAAACAAACACAUGAGUGUCCACACAGGACAGAAGCCUUUUGCUUGUGAGCUCUGUGGGAAUAGAUUUAGUGAAAAGGGAAGUUUAAACAAACACAUUAGAGUCCACACAGGAGGGAAGCCCUUUGCUUGUGAGCUCUGUGGGAAUAGAUUUAGUGAAAAGGGAAGUUUAAACACACACAUGAGAGUCCACACAGGAGAUAAGCCUUUUGCUUGUGAGUUCUGUGGGAGUAGAUUUAGUGUAAAGGGAAGUUUAAACAAACACAUGAGAGUCCACACAGGAGAGAAGCCCUUUGCUUGUGAGUUCUGUGGAAAAAGAUUUAGCGAAAAGACAAAUUUAAACACACACAUGAGAGUCCACACAGGAGAUAAGCCUUUUGCUUGUGAGCUCUGUGGGAAUAGAUUUAGUGUAAAGGGAAAUUUAAACGCACACAUGAGAGUCCACACAGGACAGAAGCCUUUUGCCUGUGAGUUCUGUGGAAAAAGAUUUAGCGAAAAGACAAAUUUAAACACACACAUGAGAAUCCACACAGGAGAUAAGCCUUUUGCUUGUGAGCUCUGUGGGAAUAGAUUUAGUGUAAAGGGAAAUUUAAACGCACACAUGGGAGUCCAUAAAUGACAGAAGCCUUUGCUUGUGAGCUCUGUGGAUGAAGAUUUAGCCGAAAGGAAACUUUAAACAAUCAUCUAAGCAUCCACUAGGGCUGAACGAUCUAUUGCAGGGGUCUCCAACCUUUUUUGGCCCGUGAGCUUUUUUUUACACAAUGAAAGUACACCAGAGUUACUGCCAUAUGAUUUAUUAACAUUGCUACUUUCCAUGUGUUAAUGUGCUUAUGUUAAACAUGCUAUACUUACUAUAUUAACAAGCAUUGUAUUCACAAGUUGUUGUACAUCAACAUUUUUUUAUAAGUAAACUAGUGACAUUCUGAAAACCAAAUUAAACAAAACAUAUUUAGAGUUUUUAAACAAAUCAAAUACUUCCAGAUAAUGAAUAACAAAUCUACUUCAUGUGAAUGAUUCUGUAAUUUUUUUAGAGGUUGGUAACAACUUUUUAAGCACAGAGAAACAGCUAACCUGUAAAGCUGAUGAUAUAUAAAAUACAAGCUAAAUGUGAUGAAGACACAAAAGUCUAAAAGAGUUUGAAUUGAAAUAAAAAAUGUAAAAUCAGAAAUAAGACUUGUUCCUGCUCUCCUGAUUUACCGAAUAAUUUUCAUGGGGUUUUUUUUUUUUUUGGUCAUGAAAGUUAAAUUUUGCUGUGUUUAUUGCUGACAAUAUGAAGGUUGGAGGUUUAUCCCUUUUUUCUGCAUCUUGUGGGGUUUUUUCUCCGCAGGUCUGAAAACGAAUUAAAAACAACUUUUUCAUGAUGCCUUCCGUUAACCUAUCCUUGCAUCUGUGCUCUACUAGGUCUUACUGUACUGUGUUAAAUUUAUUCAAAUUGUAUUUUUAAGUAUACCUAUUCUGUGCUGUUUUAUCUUUGUUCUAUAUUUUAAAGUAAAUAACUGUACUUUAUAUGCUUUUAUUUUUGUGUACUAUGUUCUGUGUCAGUAUUCUUUGAUUUGAUUUUACACAACAUUGAUAGAUUUUUAUCUGUAUGUAGGUGCUAGCAGUCAGAGGAGAAUGGGCCGACUGAUCAGGGUUUUUCCUGGCUCAAACUGAGGCAGAGGUGGUACCAUCCUGACCAUGCACCAGCACAUGCGUACUCUGCGCAUUCAACUGCCUCACUGUUUUAAAGGCCAAAUAUUUUUUCUUUUAAGUGUUCUAAUCUAAGCUUCUGUUGAUUAAUAGAAUAUUACAUUUGACAAUGUUUCAAGUGAAACAAAACUGGUUUGCUGCUAAAAAAUAUGAAAUAAAACAACAAAAUUUUCCGGCUGAAAUAACAGACUCUUAUUAUGAAAGGCUCAAUAAUAUGCAUUAGAUUGGUGUUUAGUUCCUUUUUCCAUCUGAUAUUUAUAGUAAAAAUAUCUUUAUAUAUUUGACCUACAUUUCAGUAACAUGUUAGGUUUGUAUUAACACUCAUCUUAGUCCACAUGACACAUAAAUAUAUCCAGUAAAAUAUAAUGCAUUUCAUUAACAUGCAUUUGUAUUGUAAAUGGUGAUAACAUUUAAUUUCUGCUCCUAACAAUGUAUCGGUGGCAUGUAGAGCUGAGGAAAAUAAUCAAAUAAUCGAUGCAUCGGGAUGCGGACAUAAACGAUUCUGCAUCGUAGAAAAGUACGCCAUAAUCGAUUAUAGUGGAAUGUAGUUUUUUUUUUUUUUUUUUUUUUUAAUGGCGGCACCAGCGCAGCAUCCAAAUCUGUCAGAGUGAGUGUCCUCCACAUUUACCAAGUGGUUCCGCCUUAAUGUGGUACUGCAGGGCUGAGCGCUGGAGUUGUAACCUGAGACCAAACCGGAACCGAAUCAGCCCGACCGGUUCUGUUGGAUUUGGGCCGUGAAUUAUGUUAACUGAGCGGGUUGUCGUGCUGCGCGCUCCGCUCGCUCGAUCAGCGACAGAGAGAGAGAGAGAGAGAGAGAGAGAGAGACUUUACGCUCACAUAAGAGAGAGGAUCGGAGGAAGCUCCUCCAAACUGAUGCUCCAAACACGCGUUAUUUUCAUAAUUUAAUUAUUAUUUCUCCUGGAAGCGCUCAGUCAGACUGCUUGUUGUAAUGUAGGGAGAUCCGGUCUUGGGGAGGGGGCGGGGUCAAUGACGGCGGCUGCAGCGUGAUCGUCUGUCUCUUUUAUUUAGGAACACGGAGAAGUUAAAAGGAGAGAGAAAUAGAAGAUAGAAGUUCUUGUUCCACUUUAUUAUUUUGUUUCAUGAUGAUAAACUGAUGUUAAAUUCAGCUUAAAGAGAAGCUGGGAGGAAGCUUUGGUUCAUUUUAAGUUACAGGAGGUCUUGUUUCCUAUCUGCUCCUCCAGAGACAGCAUGGACAUGAGGGUUACAAGGUGAGGGUCACACAGGACAGGUUAGUGGAAAGGUUUGUAGUUAGCUGGUUAGUGAAAGAGAUCCAUCAGCUGGGUAAUUUAAUCCUAAUCCAGCCCACAGCCUUCUGCUGGUGUUAUUAUCAGGAAGAAUAAAACACACAUCUUAAAUAUUAUUGGAAGUGUAGAAUUUGUUUAUGUUUUAUUAUUUUCUGCAUCAAACAGAACUUGAUUCAUCCUCCAACAUUUCAGAAAUGAACCACUGGGUUCAAAUAAAAUUAAGUCAAACAUUUCAUUUGGUGUUAUUUCUGACACCCUUCAACUACAGCAUAAAUAUUUGACUCUAAAACUGCUCAGAGACAAUAAACACUCAUAUAUGAACCCAUUAUGUAUUUUAUUAUUACAUUAUGUGUCCUGUAGGUUUUCAGUACUUUUUUAGAUUUUGUGAGUUUUUGCAAAGCGUGUUUUUCUCAGCCUGAGGCAUGGUGUUGAACGAGGAAACAGAUUGUUUUACUUUGUUAAAUCUUCUUAAAUGUUUAAAAUGUUUUGUCCUAACCUGUUGUGAAUGGAGAGCUUUUGAGGGAUGGCAGGUUGUGUCAAUUACGUUUUUGAUUAAAAAAAAUAAAAAGCAAUUAUCAGACUUCUUCUAUUUAUCGAUGAAAACAAAUCAAUAUGAAAUAAUCGUGAUGCAUUGUGAUGCAUCGGGAUAUCGAAUCGAAUUGAAUCGUUGACCCAAUAAUCGUAAUCGAAUCGAAUCGGGAGACAAGUGAAGAUUCACACCUCUAGUGGCAUGUCUAUUAUGCAAGAGUUGGCAAUAAUCCAGUUUAUGUUUAACGAUAGAAGCAUUUGUGAAUUAUACACUACAACGGUUUGCCUUAGACUUGGAGCAGUAAUGUGGCUCGUAUCUGCAGCGAUUCUGAUCCGUAGCGCUGCAGGAUGCAGAAUAAACAGGAUGGUGGGGACUUUUGAUCCGCUUGUAGAGUUUAGUCUUUCUUAGUUUUAUGAUCAUCAUCAUAUAUUUUUCUGUGCGCCACUUGAUUGCGAGACUGCUACCCGUUAGCUUUAGCAUUAGCCAAUCUACGUGUAGCUGCACUUUUGAUCUCAAACUUUGGACCGGUUCUGCCUUUGUGCCUUUGCUGGUUCCUUUAUUUUCCUCCACAGCAUCCAGAUGACCACACUGUGCACCAGUAAAAAGCUGGACCGGUUCUGCCAUUGUGCCUUUGCUGGUUCCUUUAUUUUCCUCCACUGCAUCCAGAUGACCACACUGUGCACCAGUAAAAAGCAUUUUCUUAUACGUAACUUACCUUUGUUCAGUAAAGUUCUGAGGAAAAUAGUAAUUCAAAGAUGUUGCACCAGUGCUACAUUUAAAAAUAGACAGACACACACAGACAGUUACAGCCCUGCUCCGAUAUGGAAUAGCCUGGGGGAAAAUCAGGACAUCAAUAGCACCAACCAUAGAUAUGUAACUAGCGAGAAAAGCAAUUUUUGCUCUUUUUCUGCAGCGGUUUCAGCACUUUUCGGUGCACCGCUGCUGAUGCAUUGCCUCUGUAGUGGCACAACGCUGCAACUGCAGUUACAAUAACAACUAUAUAGCUGGGGGCAGAGUGAAAUCAGGCUGGGGCGGCACAAAAAUAGCUGGAAGCGGCCACCACGCAAAUUUGAAUGCAGGAAAAACCCUGCUGAUUCUAGCUGAUGGAAGACCAACUUUGAAAUAACCACUCGUUACAACCGAGAAAUGCAGCAAAGCAUUUGUGAAGCCACAACACGCACAACCUUGAGGCGGAUGGGCUACAACCACAGGUACCACUCUUCUCCACUACUAAUAGGAGAACAAUUUGCACCAGCUCACCAAAAUUGGACAGUUGAAGACUGGAAAAAUGUUGCCUGGUCUGAUGAGUCUCAAUUUCUGUUGAUACAUUGAAAUGGUAGAGUCAGAAUUUGGAGUAAACAGAAUUAGAACAUGCCAUAUUACUACUGUGCAGGCUGGUGGUGGUGGUGUAAUGGUGUGGGGGACGUUUUCUUGGCAUACUUUUGGCCCCUUAGUGCCAAUUGGGCAUGGUUUAAAUGCCACGGGCUACCUGAGCAUUGUUUCUGACCAUGUCCAUCCCUUCAUGACCACCAUGUGCCCAUCCUCUGAUGGCUACUUCCUGCAGGAUUUCUAAAGAUGCUUUCAGCACCUUGUUGAAUCAAUGCAGAAUUAAGGCAGUUCUGAAGGUGAAAGGGGGUCAAGUAAGUAAGUAAAAGUUUAUUUAUAUAGCGCCUUUCACAGAUAUAAAUCACAAAGCGCUGUACAACAUGUUAAAGAUCAGGGCAAAUACCUCUAACCAAUAAAAACAUCCAAAAAACAAUAGCAGUGAUAAAGUAGAAAAUUAAAUCAUGAGUUUAAACAAAGUGAAGGUGUGAACCCAAACAAAGCCAUCUUUUUGAAACAUUUAGGGAGGGAACGCCUGGAUGAAAAGGUGAGUUUUUAGAUGAUUUUUAAAGACCUCUACAGUGUUAGAGAGACAGAGAUUUGAAGGUAGACUGUUCCAAAGUCUGGGUGCAAUAUUCUGAAAGGCCCUGUCCCCUUUGGUUUUCAGUCUGGUUCGAGGAACAGCCGGGAGGUUUUCAGAUGUGGAUAUAAGGUUCCGAGAGGUGAUGUGUGGGGAUAAAAGCUCAGAUAGGUAGCUUGGAGCCUGGUUGUUAAGAGCUCUAUAGGUCAGGACUAAAACUUCAAACUGAAUUCUAUAUUCUACCGGGAGCCAGUGGAGGGACUGUAAAACUGGGGUGAUGUGAGCUCGUCUGCUGGAUUUGGUUAGGAGUCUGGCUGCUGCAUUUUGGAUGGCUUGAAGGCGUGAGAGGGAGGUUUUGCUGAGACCAGUAAAAAGAGCGUUACAGUAGUCUAAGCAUGAUGACACAAAGGCAUGGAUGAUUUUUUCCAGAUCUGCAGUAGAAACCAGUUUACGGACUUUUGAAAUGUUUCUCAGUUGAAAGAAACAAGAGCGGGAGAUGGUUUUGACGUGUGAGUCUAAACUUAAAGCUGGAUCAAAAAUAACUCCUAGGUUUCUAAUG